GGAAAAACGAGAUACCAAAUAAAUAGUGAGAUCAGACAAAAAGAAAGGGCUGUUGAAAGUUUAAGUCAUGAAUAUUCUAGUCAUAAACUAUCAUCCGACGACAUAAAAAUGUGUUUAUAUAGCAUUGGUGAUAACAACUCUUAUUUGAGGACAAAUCGUGAUUGCUGUGACCGUAUGCUCAAACAUUUGAUAGAUCACUUUCAUCCAAGAGAGGUCAGAGAUGGUUAUUCCUUGGCUAUUUCUUCUGGACGCAACGGCGCACGUCUCACACACAAUCAUGAAAUGCAAUAUUGUUAUGCUAACCAAACAUUAUCACUCUGGAGCGAGAUCCAAAAUGAAAUGUUUAUGCUUUGGUUUUUAGCUGACCGUGAUAUGCUAUUAGAAACUAAUACCUAUAGAUUACGAGACACCGGUCAAGGCUUGAACAGAGUUCAAGAUUGUCCAUCUGUUUCGAAAGCUAUGCGCACAAUUCUACAUCGUGCUCAACAAAAAGCAGGUUAUUGGGUUGGAAGUUCAGUUAUUCAUCUAGGAGAUAAAAACGUACCAAAUGCACUCAUGUUUAUUGAUAAGUACAAUCAAGUUUCGCGCAUAUUAAAUCCAAUAUUGAUAUGUCUCGAUAAUAUCAGACCUUUGGUUGAAAAAAAUUCUGGUAUCCGAUCCUAUAUUAAGGAUUCUUUUGGAGGUGUUGAGGAACUCACUAAAAAAAUUCUUGCAGACUUUUUCCGAUAUGCUUUUGAUGGUAGUGGGGCUGACAAUUUCUUUGAUGCUGGAAGUUGUAUUGAUGGACGUUUAACAAGUGCCUGGAACUGGUGUUCGUUAAUCGAAAAGAAGAUAUAUUUCCCAGUGUUUUUAUUAACG